AUGAAAAAAUUGCCAGUGUUAAAAAUAUGCCUCGGUCUUCUCAUUGUAUUUAUUAUUUUCAUCACUUAUGUAUUUCUAUGUGUACGAUGGAGAAUUUUAAAUCAAACAUUGAUUUUAGAACGAAUUUUUUAUGCAACACAAUUAUAUCGUACAUCGUUGCAACCACCACUGAUACUUACGUGGACAAAAUUUUUCAGUCAUCCCUGGGCUCAACGUAUUAAUCAAGAUCUUAACGAAUGUGCUUAUCAUUGUAUAAUUACUGAUAAUAAAGAGCAAUUCUCGGAAGCUGAAGCUGUAUUAUUCCACAUUCGAGAUAUUGACAUAUUACCUGAACUAAGGAAUUCGAAACAAUUGUUUGUAUUUGUGCUACAAGAAUCACCCCAGUAUACGUUUAAUUAUUUGAAUUAUGUAGCAGAUGAUUAUUUCAACAUAACGAUGACCUACAGACAUGAUAGUGAUAUUUAUAUACCAUACGGUAUGAUGAAGAAGAUAAGUAAUCUCACACAGCGUGAACAAAUUUGGAAUUGGGAUGAAGUAAUGGAGAUAGCCAGUAGGAAAGUACAGCCUGUCUUACAAUUAGUUUCAAAUUGUCAAACUAGUUCGAAACGUGAAUUAUACGUGAAUCAACUUCGAACAUAUAUAAAUAUCACGCAAUACGGACGAUGCAACAAUCGUACUUGUGAUGAAGAAUGUGAAGUACAUGAAGCUGCACGACAUCGUUUCUAUUUGGCAUUCGAGAAUAGCAUAUGUCGUGAUUAUAUCACGGAGAAACUAUACAAAUGUCUGCUCAGAUUAAUGGUACCAGUGGUGCUAAAAAAAUCCAUCUAUGAAGGUGUUUUACCGCCUGGAUCAUUUAUUGCUGCUGAUGAUUUCACAUCUCCACGUGAAUUAGCAGAUUAUUUGAAAUAUUUAUCAAAUAAUAAGACGGCCUAUUUAAGUUAUUUGGAAUGGACAAAACAAUAUCAGAAAACAUUCGAUGUAAGCACUUACUGUGAACUAUGCAAAUAUCUUCAUCGUGACACAGCUAGACCUCAUAUAAUUCCGGAUAUCAAAAAAUGGUGGUUCCAAGGUUGUUUUCAAGAUUAUGCAGCAGACUUAUUGAAAAAAUCUAAGGUUGUGAAGAAAAAAGGAAGAAAAUCAUCAGGAGUGAUUUGA